AUGAGCAACUCCCAGGAGUUCGAGGACGAGCCAGCGCUCACGCUGCUCGCCGAGGAGGACGAGCUCCUGGCGCAGCAGCUGGAGAGCGUGAAGUCUGAGCGCUCUGGGCGUGCAGGGCCGCAGUCGGGGUCGACCUGGCGGGCCGCCCAGUGGCAGCACGUGGUCAGGGCUCUCGAGAGUGCGCUGGACAACGGGCCGCCAACCCCGAUGGGCCUGGUCAAGAGGGCCAGCUUCCUGUCGAGCUGGGGCUGCUGUGGGCCACGAUUCCGCCUCUGCGGCCGUGGGCGCCCCGUGCACUGA